AUGUCUACUACAACCUAGGAUCAGACCCCUGAGAGUUCGCCAGCUCAAAAUAAAAUAGCUCUCGAAAAAAAGAAACUUAAGGUCCUUAAAAAUGCCCUUAAGCAAGAGAGACAGGAGCGUGUUCUUGUAGAAAAAGAGCUAGAAGUAGCAUAGAAAAAUAUAGAGGCACUGAAAGUCUAAUUAAAUGAUAAGGAAUAAAGAUAUUUGUAACUAUAUCAAGAAAGUGUGAAUCUUCAGGAAGCCUUAGUAAGAGAAUCCAAAGGUGGGAACAUAUAAAAGUCAAAGACACAGGGUCCAAAGGCGCCUUUGCUAUUUACAAAUCCACCUACAAAAAAGCAAAGUGAAUAAGCUAUCUUGGAUUAGAAAGGAGCUAACUCUGAGACAUUAGAUAUGUUGAAUGCUAAAAUUAGGGGCUUAGAGGAGGGAUACCGUAUCAAGGAUGAAGACUACAAUGUAUUAAAAAGGAAAGUAGAUGAAUAAGUAGCUGAAAACAAUCAUAUAAGACAGCUGUACGAUGCCAAAAUUAUAGAAUUAAUAUAAGAGAGAGAUUUCUUUGCGCAUGAAGUAGAGGCUAAAGAUAAAGAAAUCCAGAGUAUGAAAGAGCAAUAUAAAGGGGAAUUAGAAAAAUAAACCAAUUAACAUCAAUGCUAAGUCAAGCAGCUAUAAGAUGAAAAUGAAGACUUAAUUAAGCAGAGGAACCAAGAGAUGGAUAGAAAUCUCAAGAUAGAGGAAACUAUCGAUGAGAAAAACGAUAAAAUACUCUAGCUAGAGAAAGAACUAUAGAGAAAAGUCGAUGAGGUCAAUUUAAGAAAAGAGAUUAUCGAAUCUAUGCAAGAAAGUUUGAUGCGACACGAAAAAGAGAGUGCCGAACUUGCCUCAAAGUUAGUUCUAAUGAAAAACCAAAUAAUGGAGCAUAACGUUGGAAGAAGUCUCUAAAGAAAAUUUGCUGGAGUCAAAUCAGGAGCUUUGAAAGGAAUACCAGUUGUUGUAAGUUUACCCUACAAUUAUCCUAUGUUCCAUAUUUUAACAAUCUCUCUAUAGUUUGAAUUCAGAGAAGACAUUAACCAAAACUAUUUUCUGUUAAUUGAUAGCAAAUCUUUCUCUCUAAGUAUUAACUUUGAAGAUUUAGACUUCAUCGGAGAGAAUAAGGAGGGAAAGCUUCAGAUCGUCUACUUCGUAUCAAGCAAGGAUAGCAAUUAGGCUAAUUUCAAGAAGUAGAGCGAGAUCUAUGAGUGCUGCGAAAAUGAAGAGAUGAUACAAACUUACUAAAACAUAAGAAAUUAAGUGCAAAUCAAUGAGACACGAGGCCACAGAUUCACUCAAUCAUUUUCUGGUAAUAGUUUUCAUUCAAAGUCUAUGAGUCCCCUAAAGAAAGGAAAGAAAACUAUCUCAGAGUUUUGA